AUGACCCUCGCAAGACGCUGGCGAGCCCUGUCGCUCGUCCUCGGCUCCAGCGCGCUCGUCGUCGAGCUCCCGGCGCGACCGGAGCGGCUCGACGAGGCCCUCGCGGCGCGCGACGCCGAAACGCUCCUCGAGGUCGACUGGCCUCCGGCGCUCUCCUACGAGGAUCGCGGCGCGGCGGCCGUGGACCGCUUCCUCGCGCCGCGGCCCGACUGGGCCGUGAUGUCCGAGCCCUGGACCGGCGGCCGCCUCGCGCUCGCGCGGCGCGUCGACGCGCCGCUGGCCCCGCUCAUGGAGAAGUUCGCGGCGGAGUGGCGCGCGCGGCAGUGGUCGCCGGCGACGUGUGUCACCGCCGGCCUCAUCGCGAACAGCGCGCCGUCGGUGCUGGGCCCCGUGGCCCACGCCUGGGCCGACGAGCUGCUCGACGCGUGGAAGCGCGGGCUCGCGCUCGUGCCCCGGUCGUUGAAGGGCUGGGGCUACGGCAUGGCCGACGGCUCCGCGGGCGCGCUCUGCGGCGGGACAUCCGGGGACGCGCCCUUCGACCCGGGCAACCGCUGGUCCUGCGUCUUCCUGCCCAUGACGGCGUGCGACGAGGACCGCGAGUACUACAAGGACGAGGACCGGCAGAUGCGCCACGGCUUCAAGGGCGCCGAGCCGGUCCGCUGCUCGCCGCGCCUCGACAGGCGGUGCGCCGCGGCCGAGUUCGGCACGCCGCCGACGCCGAGCACCUUCGCGGGCCGCUUCGACGCGUUCCGGGGCGCCGUCGCCGCGCUCCCGGAGUCCGCGCGGCGCGGCGCGGGCGACCAGGCGCUCGUGCGCGCGCUGGCCAUGGCGACGCUCUUCCGGCCGAGCUUCCGGCUCCGGAAACUCACGCGCGCGUUCGACGCGUCGGCCUUCGAGGACGGCCCCGACGCGUGCGGCCUCGUGCAGCUCCGGCACCACGCGCGCGUCAACCUCGAGGCGCGGGGCGCGCGCUUCGCGGCGGCGUCCUUCUUCGUCGACCUCGAGGACGCGCUCCGCGACGUGCUCCCGCUCCUGCGCCUCGACACGGACGCGCCGCCCGUGCUCCACCUCCUCAGCGACGACGGCGACAUGGUCGACGACGCGGCCAAGGUCGCGCGAGCCCGGCGCGACUGCGCGUCGAACUUCGCGCGCUUCGUGUCGACGUACGUCGCGGGCCGCGCGCUCGCCGUGCCCUGGACGUUCUCGAGCGGCAACGCGUGCUUCAACGACGCCGCGACGGACCGGGCGCUGAACCGGACCUGCGCCUACGAGUGCAAGUCCGACGCGGCGCGCUGCAAGGAGUUCGGCACGGGCCCGCGGACCUGCGACCCGCCGCCGCCGCGGCUCGCGGCCGCGACGGUCUUCGGGUGGUCCGGGCCGAGGGUCGCAUUGGCGAUGGCGAGGGCCUUGGCGCCGUACUUCUUCGCCUGGGGCCACGACUCGGGCGUGCCCUGCUCCUCGAAGCCGUCGAAGCGCGUGUUGCGCUCGACGGCGCCCUGGGGCCCGACGACGACCUGCGGUCCAUCGCCGGCGACCAUGGCCAAGGGCGGCAAGGGCGCCUUCAGCGUCUACGAACACGCGGAGCCGCCGGUGAAGGCCCUGCGGUCGCGGCGGCGCGCCGGCCCCAAGAGCCGCGGCCACGGCGGCCGGCGGCCCGUGGCGCCGCCCGACGAACACGCGGACCAGGCGGCGCGCGCCGCCGAGGCCGCGGCGUCGCGGCGGCGCCUCUACGAGGAGGGCGGCGGCUCGCGCGCGUCGCUCCGCGUCGGCGGCGGCGACGGGCCCGAGGUGCUCCCGGAGCAGCUCGUGGAGGUGCCGGCCAUGCAGACGGCCAUGGUCAAGCUCAGCGAGGCCGCGGCGCGCAAGGGCGCGACGGCCAUGGACGGCGACGCGCUCCUCGACCCGUCGACGUUCGCGGGGCGGUUGCGGAAGGAGUUCAAGAUCCGGUUGAGCCCCGAGGAGCUCGGCGCGGUGCUCUACCUCUUCGACGCCGCCGACGCCGACGGCGCCGUGAGCUGGCUCCAGUUCAUGAAGGUCUUCGCGCACCUCGGGCGCCGCGAGCGCGAGCGCGCGUUCGAGGCGCGCCGCGACGACGAGGACCGGCGGCGGCGCCGCGCGGAGGACCGGCGCCACGACGAGGAGGCGCGCUUCGCGCCGCCGACGUCGGACAUCGACGCCAACUACGACGACGGCGACCGGCGGCGCGCCAUGGACCUGCUCCAGCGCGCCGCGGCGUCGCUCGCGCAGCACCGCGACGCGAGCUCGACGACGACGUUGCUGAACGGGCUCCGGACGCAGGGCCGCAUGAACCACAGCGAGGUCGACCGCUUCCUCAAGCGGGGCCUGAACGUGAAGCUGUCGCCCCGCGAGCUCGGCGCCAUCUACGAGCACCUCGCGGAGCCCACGGGCGGCGGCUUCGUCGUCAGCACGGAGUUCGUCGCGGAGCUCCUCCGCUUCGGCCGCAUCGGCGAGUCGGAGCGGAAGCGCGAGGCGCGGAGCCGCAACCGCCAGCGGUCGCUGAAGAAGGAGCUCAAGGCGAAGCGCGAGGCCGAGCGCAACCGGGCCAAGGCCGCGGUGAAGUUCGUGCUGCCGAAGAUCCCCGCGCGGCCGCCCGCGCCCGCGCCCGAGGCCGACGACGGCGACGACGCCCCCGACGGCGACGCGCCGGCCGACGAGGCGUCGCGGGCGACGGCGACGACCAAGUCGGCGCCCGCCGCCGCGCCCGCGGGCGGGAGCCGCCACAGCGGCCUCGGCUGGAAGCUGCUCUCGCGGCUCCACACGCUCUCCGUGCCGCGCGCGGCGACGGUGCCGAGGCCGCCCAAGCCCGAGGACUUCGACGGCGUCGCGCCGGGCCCACCGUCGCAGCCGAGCCGCCCGCCGAAGAAGGCGCGCAAGGCGCCGGCGCCCCGCGCCAACGGCCAGGUCGAGCGCCUCAAGCAGUACCGCCAGGAGAAGAAGGACGAGGAGGCGCGGCUGGCCAACGAGCCGCGGAACUACGUGCCCAUCGCCGACAAGCUCGCGACGCACGCCGCGGACCGGGCGCCCGAGGCCGAGGGCAUCGAGAACCACGCCGAGGCCGCGACGCCGGAGCUGCUCAAGCACAUCGCGGACGAGCUCGAGCGCGGCCUGCAGCGCGUCACGCAGGGCAACUGGAUGCGCUUCUUCACGAUGAUGGACCUCAACUCCUCGGGCAGCAUGGAGUUCCACGAGUUCGUGUCCAUGGCGCGCAACAAGCAGUACGCCCACCCGCCGGGCCUGGAAAUUUCCAAGCAGUCCGUGAGCGACGACGACCUGCGGCGCCUCUGGACGUCCGCGGACCGCGACCGGUCCGGGUCCGUCAACGCGGUCGAGUUCCGGCGCUUCAUCGAGCGCGUCCUCGACGACGACCGGCCGAACAGCGCCGCGCCGGCGCCGCCGUCCUCGGCCGAGGGCGACGCGCGCGACGCGCCGCCGCGGAGGGACGCGGCCGGCGAGAAGGCGCGCGACUACGCGCCCGUCGACGCCGACGAGGCCGAGACGCUGGCCCGCGUCGCGGCGGCCAUCGACAAGGCCAUGCGGAGCAUCCCGGACUGCUCCUGGACGAAGAUUUUUAUUCUGUGCGACCGCGACCGGAGCGGCCGCAUCGAGUGGCCCGAGUUUCGGAACAUCGUGCGGUCGAAGCGCAACGUCUCCGGCACGGGCCUCGAGCUCGGCGCGGCGACGAUCUCGCUGGAGGAGAUGCGGUUGUUGUGGGCGCGCGCGGACAACGACAAGCUCGGGCUCAUCAACGCGGACGAGUUCGCGCUCUUCCUCCGCAUGGCCGUCGCGAAGACGCUCGCGGACUACCCCGCGGCCAAGGCCGCCAUCGCCUACGAGCAGAACAUCAUUGUGGGCCGGUCCAAGGAGCAGCAGGACAAGCUCGGCCGGCUCAACUUCCAGCAGGCGUCCUCCGAGCACAGCGGGUCCAACGCGACGACGCCGCGGUCCAACGCGUCGAGCCCGCGGAACGCGCCGAGCCCGCGCCACGGCGCGCCGGCGCGGCCCGCCGCGCCCCAGCUCCUGGACCCGCCGCGCGAGUUCUUCGCGAGCCCGCCGUCGCCGGAGAAGGAGGUCCGGGGCUACGUCUCCGGCGCGGCGCGGAAGCCGCCGCCGGCGGCGCUCGACGCCCCGCGGACGACGAAGCAGGCCGAGCGCAUGAAGGCGCUGCGAGCGGAGGAGGCGAACGCGACCGACGGUCCGACGCGCGCGGGCUGGAAGGCGCCCAUCGCCGACAGGCUCGCGGGCAACGACAAGCUCGCGGACGGCGCGCACCACGAGAGCGGCGCGUCGCCGGAGCUCCUGCGGUCCAUCGCCGCGCGCCUCGACGCCAAGCUCCAGAAGCACGCCAAGGGCUCCUGGGCGAAAUUGUUCUUCGUCGUCGACAACGACGGCUCGGGCCGCGUCGAGUUCCACGAGUUCCGCGACCUCAUGCGAAACAAGGCGACGCACACGUCGAACCCGGGCCUGGAGAUCGGCAGGAAGGAGGUUUCCGACGAGGAACUGAGCAUGCUCUGGACGUCGCUCGACGGCGACAAGUCGGGCUUCGUGACCGCGCCCGAGUUCAAGAAGUUUAUGCUGAUGAUGAAGGCGCAGUACUCGGGCGAGGAGCAGAAGCAGGAGAUCGUGAAGACGUCCAUGGACGCCCCGCGGACGACGAAGCAGGCAGAGCGCAUGAAAGAGCUGCGCGCCAAGGAGGCGGCCGCCGACGACGGCCCCGCGCGCGCGGGCUGGAAGGCGCCGAUCAAGGACAAGAUGGCCGGCAACAGCAAGAUGGCCGACGGCGAGCACCACGACGAGGAGGCGUCGCCCGAGCUCUUGAAAUCCAUCGCCGCGCGCCUCGAUGCCAAAUUGCAACGGCACGCCAAGGGCUCCUGGGCGAAGCUCUUCUUCGUCAUCGACAACGACGGCUCCGGGCGCGUCGAGUUCCACGAGUUCCGCGAUCUGAUGCGAAACAAGGUGACGCACACGUCGAACCCGGGCCUCGAGAUCGGCAAGAAGGAGAUCUCCGACGAGGAGCUGAACAUGCUCUGGACGACCGUCGACGCGGACAAGUCCGGCUUCGUGACCGCGCCCGAGUUCAAGCGAUUCAUGCUGAUGAUGAAAGAGCAGCACUCCGGCGUCGAGGAGAAGCAAGCCAUCACGAGAACGUCCAUGAAUGCGCCGCGGACGACGAAGCAAGCCGAGCGCAUGAAGGCGUUGCGAGCGGAGGAAGCGAACGCGACCGACGGUCCGACGCGCGCGGGCUGGAAGGCGCCCAUCAAGGACAAGAUGGCCGGCAACAGCAAGAUGGCCGACGGCGAACACCACGACGACGAGGCGUCGCCCGAGCUCCUGAAGUCCAUCGCCGCGCGCCUCGAUGCCAAGUUGCAACGGCACGCCAAGGGCUCCUGGGCCAAAUUGUUCUUCGUGAUAGACAACGACGGCUCCGGGCGCGUCGAGUUCCACGAGUUCCGCGACCUCAUGCGCAACAAGGCGACGCACACGUCGAACCCGGGCCUCGAGAUUAGCAAGAGCGAGGUGAGCGAUACGGAGCUCAGCAUGCUGUGGACGUCGUUGGACAACGACAAAUCGGGCUUCGUGACGGCGCCCGAAUUCAAGAAGUUCAUGCUGAUGAUGAAAGAGCAGCACUCCGGCGUUGAGGAGAAGAAGGCGAUCACGCGGACGUCCAUGAACGCGCCGCGGACGACGAAGCAGGCCGAACGCAUGAAGGAGCUCCGGGCCAAGGAGGCGAACGCGACGGACGGGCCGACGCGCGCGGGCUGGAAGGCCCCGAUUAAAGACAAGAUGGACGGCAACAGCAAGAUGACCGACGGCGAGCACCACGACGACGAGGCGUCGCCGGAGCUCCUGAAGUCCAUCGCCGCGCGCCUCGAUGCCAAAUUGCAACGGCACGCGAAGGGCUCGUGGGCCAAAUUGUUCUUCGUGAUCGACAACGACGGCUCCGGGCGCGUCGAGUUCCACGAGUUCCGCGACCUGAUGAGAAACAAGGCCACGCACACGUCGAAUCCUGGACUGGAAAUCAGCAAGAAGGAGGUCUCCGACGACGAGCUGAGCAUGCUCUGGACGUCGCUUGAUGGCGACAAGUCGGGCUUCGUGACCGCGCCCGAGUUCAAGGUAUUCAUGGAGACGGUCAAGACGCACCAUUCGGGCGAGGAGGAGAAGCAGGUCAUCACUCGGACGUCGAUGAACGCGCCGCGGACGACGAAGCAGGCCGAGCGUAUGAAAGCUCUGCGAGCGGAGCAGGCAAGCGCGACCGACGGGCCGACGCGCGCGGGCUGGAAGGCGCCCAUCAAGGACCGCAUGGAUGGGAAUAGCAAGAUGGCCGAUGGCGAGCACCACGACGACGAGGCGUCGCCGGAGCUGCUCAAGUCCAUCGCCGCGCGGCUCGACGCGAAGCUCCAGAAGCACGCCAAGGGAUCGUGGGCCAAAUUAUUCUUCGUCAUCGACAACGACGGCUCCGGGCGCGUCGAGUUCCACGAAUUUAGAGACCUCAUGAGAAACAAGGCGACGGACACGGUGAACCCCGGGCUCGAGAUCAGCAAGAAGGAGGUCUCCGACGACGAGCUGAGCAUGCUUUGGACGUGCCUCGACGGCGACAAGUCGGGCUUCGUGACCGCGCCCGAGUUCAAGCGAUUCAUGCAGAAGGUCAUGGCGCAGCACGCGCCCGGCGAGGAACCGACGGAGGUCGUGCGAACGUCCAUGUCCGCGCCGCGCACGACGAAGCAGGCCGAGCGCAUGAAGGAGCUCCGGGCCAAGGAGGCGGCCGCCGACGGCGGCCCCGCGCGCGCGGGCUGGAAGGCGCCCAUCAAAGACAAGCUCGACAAGAACUCGAACUUUGACGACGGCGCGCACCACGACGACGAGGCGUCGCCGGAGGUCCUCGCCGCCGUCGCGCGGCGGCUCGAGGCCCGGGUCCGCGACGUCGCGGCCGGCUCGUGGGCGAAGCUCUUCUUCUUCGUCGACAACGACGGCAGCGGCCGCGUCGAGUUCCGCGAGUUCCGCGACCUGAUCCGGAACCGGACGACGGACACGGUCUUCCCGGGCCUGGAGAUGGGCAGGAAGGAGGUCUCCGACGACGAGCUGAGCAUGCUGUGGACGACGCUCGACGGCGACAGGUCGGGCUUCGUCACCGCGCCCGAGUUCAAGGCGUUCCUCGGCAAGCUCACGGCGGCGUCGGGCGGCGCCGAGGAGCUGAAGCAGGAGAUCGUCAAGACGUCCAUCGACGCGCCGCGGACGACGAAGCAGGCCGAGCGCAUGAAGGCGCUCCGCGCGGACGAGGCGGCCGCGGCCCCCGCGCGCGCGGGCUCGAAGGCGCCCAUCGCCGACAGGCUCGCGACGAACUCGAAUUUUGACGCGGGGACCCACGCCGACGAGGCCGCGUCGCCGCGGCUGCUGCGGCUCGUGGCGAACAUGCUCGAGGCCGCGGUCGGGAGGCGGUGCAAGGGCUCCUGGGCGAAGCUCUUCUUCGCGACGGACAAGGACGGCAGCGGCCGCAUCGAGUUCGACGAGUUCCGCGCCCUCGUGAGACGGACGCCCGGCGACGCGCUCCACCCGGGCCUCGGCGUCGGCCGCGACGCGAUCUCCGACGGCGAGCUCGGCCAGCUCUGGGCCGCGGUCGACGCGGACCGGAGCGGCUCCGUGCCCGCGCCCGAGUUCAAGGCGUUUUUGGAUUCGUGCCGCACCUACCUCACGCCCGAGGAGGCGAGCGUCAACGCGUCGGACUUCCUCCGGCUGAGCAAGCGCGCGGCGCCCGCGCCCGCGCCCGCGGCGCCGCGGCGCCGCGACGACGACGACUACGGCGACGACGACUUCGACCCGGAGGAGAGCGCGGAGGUCGUCGACGACGACGGCGUUUCCGCGCCGAGCAUCCUGUCGUCGCUCAUGGCCCUCGACGACAAGCGCCGGUCCGACAAGUUCGCCUACGCCCCGGCCGGCGACGCGAAGCCGCCGGACGACUACGGCGACGACGACUUCGAGGACGAGUAA